CUUUGGUCGCUCUCGCGCGUUCCGUUUUGGCUCAAAAGCGCAAAAGCUGGUUGGACGGGCAUCAGGGGACAAGGUCAUCAUCCCAAGCAUAUGCUCGACAUCGUUUGUCAUAUCCGGUCAUUCAGCUUCAAUAGCCAUACCCAGACAUUCGCCCUACCACGGAGCAAAGCUUACGGAUAUUACCUUGAAGAGAAGCAAGGAUGGCUACGUUCAGGAGCGCUUCUUCAAUCCGUGCUGGGUUGACCACACCAGCGGCUACUCCCAGCCGGGUGUCCAAGAGGUUCGCCCACGACCUCCUCAUUACCGGCAAUAAAGCCUCCAACAACAUCAAGCCUAUCAUCAAGCACGGUCCUCCUACCGGAGGUCGAUCGGCCGCUUCGGGGCAUACCGUGACCGUCUUUGGAUGUACCGGGUUCUUGGGUCGUUAUCUCGUACACAAGCUCGGUAAAUCGGGAUCGAGGGUCAUCGUACCUUACCGGGACGAGGAUGACAAGCGACACUUGAAGAUCAUGGGCGAUCUCGGUCAGAUCAUUCCUCUUGAAUGGGACUUGAGGAAACCUGAACAGAUCGAAGAGUGUUUGCGGCAUUCGGAUGUUGUUUACAACUUGACCGGUCGGGAUUACGAGACCAGAAACUACAAGUACGAGGAUGUCAACGUUACUGGAGCUUCUCAGAUCGCCAAGAUCGCUCACGAGAAUGGCGUCUCGCGGUUGAUCCACGUCUCUCACCUCAAUGCCAAGGCGGAUUCCGAAUCGGCCUUUUACAGGACCAAGUACGAAGGAGAGGUCGCUGUCAGGGAGGCUUUCGCCGGAGCCACCAUCGCUAGGCCCGGUCCGCUGUUUGGAGGAGAGGAUUGGUUGUUGAAUGCCGUGGCAUCAUACCCCACGUUGUUCCACUUGAACAACGGUCAAACUCGAACUCGUCCCGCCCAUGUGCUGGACGUCGCUGAGUCUCUGGCUGUGAUGCUCGGUGCGCCCAAGACAUCGGUUGGAGCCACGUUUGCCCUUCCCGGACCCCGAACCUACACCUACUCGAACCUCAUCAAGCUCGUCGAGGCCUUUACCCUGAAAUCUCACGCCGCUCCCGUCCUCCCUAAACCCAUCGCCAUGCUCAUCUCCAACAUUAUCAACCGGGCACUCUGGUGGCCUACCGUCAGCCCCGACGAGGUCGUCCGAAAGUUCAUUGACGACGCCUCGGCCUCGCCCAAGUCGGCCGCUCAGGACGUUCCUGCCGGCUGGGAGCAGCCCGAGGCUACCGGUCUCGAGGCUAUGGUCGGUGUCAACGGCGAGCGUGUCAAGACGUGGGCAGACCUGAACAUGGAGCCCGAGACGAUCGAGGAGCACGCCAUCAAGUACUUGCGAAGGUACCGAAGCGCUUCUACCUUCGACGCUCCCGUUGAGAUGGGAAGCUUCAAGGCGCCUCGAACUUAUCACGUUGUAGAGUAAAAAUAGACGUGGUGUAGAGUUCUCCAUCUCUACCUCGUUCAAUUGAGGUUCAAGAGGUUCUUGUCGUUGUUUAUCCUAUCGAUCGAAAGCUAUCUAUCACAAACCGGACUGAGCAAAGAAGCUGCCAAGAAAUCACCUGGCUGUUCCAUGAGGAUGGUGCGAUUUCGAGGUAUGCAUGGUCAGCGC